AUGGACAAGUCAUCUGCCGUCUCAGACGGCACGUCCGGCGUCAGUCGUCCUGCCCAUAACAUGACUAACAAACGACGUUCCAACACCCCCGAUCAAUCUGCAACAUCUUCAAGCGCAACCACAGGAAGCCAGAACUCGAAGCAAUCUUCCGCCAACAAUUCUGUAGGCCCCUCACCCUUGGCUUCGAGAGACUCUUCCCCCACACGACGUCCUCGGAGGGCUGCCUCGGCAAACCGACUGGCAGGCACUCGAUCCCGCAAAAAUAGCCAAACCGAUAACAGCCCGUCCCGUCAGACACGGCCCAGCAUCUCUUCCGCAACACCAUCACGUUCCUUGUCUUCAAACAAUACUCCCACACUUCAGCUUUCCCAGGAACAACAACAAAUUCAAGCACCAACUCCGCAGAAGCCAGGCUUCAACGCAGAUCUCAAAGACAGUCCGCGAUGGCCCGUAUCACCCCGUUUGCGAUCGCCCCCUCCCCAGUUUAGUGCCAGACCACCGAUACCUGCCCGCCGCAGCGAUCAGGAUCUCCCUUCUAUCAGUGUGCAACGGCCUACACCCUCGCCGCAGCCCAUGGAGCAGAACACGGUAUCGGAGAGCGAGAUGGAGGAAUCGCAGUUUCCUUCCGGAAUGCGGACUCCAGCUCGAGCUUUGGAGACGGUUCAAGAAGUUAGCCUGCCAAACUCGCCCAAUCCUCCUGGAGGCUCAGCAUUAGUGGAAAGCAUCAAGGAAAAGCUAUCAAAUUCGGAGAACUAUUCCGACCCAGCACUUCCCGAUGGACGAACUCUGCGAGCAAGAACCAGCCUGGUCGGCCAAGAAAGUGGAAGUGACAACAACAAGUCUGACAUGAAAAGACCAACAUCUGUCCCUCCACCCAUGAUUACUCGGCAGUCUAGUGCUUUGUCGAAUAAGCAAAUGAAAUCGAAGCAGGAUGGAACCAUACAGACCAUGACUGUUGAGACCGAGACCGUUCCAAGCGUACCACAAGUUGCGCUCACAACCGCGCAAAAGAACGAAGGGCCCAACGGAACCCUCAAGACCAAGCAGAGCACAGAGACGAUUAAACCUAAAAAGGAGAAGAAGAAGACCUCACGCAAGCAGCCGCCCGUAAACACUGGAAACGCAUCUUCAAAAGCGGAUGUUUUUGAGGCAACUAUUGCCAGUGCAGUUGAUGAGGCACAAACCUCAGAUUCUGAAGAGACGUUUGUCUACGACUCUAACCCUCCUGAUAACAAUGACAGAGCUGGACGGAGGUUCCAUUCGCGAACCCCCAGUGCUACGUCAAUGGCUAGUCAGGCUGAUCGGCAGAAUCUACGAUCCAUCUAUGGAAUUAUGGAAAGCGCUGGUCCCGCCCAUGGACCUAAAAAGACGAUGAAAUUCGUCAACACCUUUAAUAGUAACGGAAACGAGAGCUUGGCAGUCGAGGCUGACGAUGGCAAGGGCUCUAACCGGAGUGGUGGGAGCGGGUCAACACGAGGUACGACGAGACAUCAUCACCAUAUUGGUCGCUGGGGUCGACAGCCCGGUAACGGCCAUGCCUCGCUCUUUGACAACGAGUCGCCGUUCCCGAAUGCUGCGAGGUCGAAACUCGCUGGACCUACUUCUCGCAAUUCUUCAGGACCACCAAGCCCGCGCAACGCUCAUUCCGGCCGUCCUUUUGGCCACAAACGUUCAGCAAUGCAAAUGUCAUCUAGCUACGAUAUGGAUGACACGACAGGUGCAGACGAUGAGCGCACACCCCUUAUCGGCUCGGUCCGCUCAGGUCGCUCAGGUCGAAAUCGUCGUGGGCCACACAACCUUCAGCAAGUCGAGUCACAAACAUUUGCCAGACGGUCGUCAUACUUGAACCGGUUUGCGGCAUGUCUAGUCCUCACCAUGAUGUUUAUGCUUGUCAUUACCGGCGCCAUUGGCUUCAUGUUUGCAACAAGUCAGCCAAUGACCGGAAUCGAGAUCACUGCUAUCCACAAUGUAGUAACCAGCGGCCAAGUGUUGAUGUUCGACCUGACCGUCAAGGCCCACAAUCCUAAUAUCGUUGUCGUCACGAUAGACCACGCAAAUCUUGAAGUUUUUGCGAAAUCAGAAUAUACUGGAACGGAUUCAGAUUGGUGGGCACGACCGUUCCCCCACGGCCCGGAUGAUCUUCGUAUGUUGGAUGAUCCAGAGAACGAUCCUCCAAUAGAGGAUCCUGACCCCGAUGACGAUUUAAGACCCAACGUUCUUCUGGGUCGUAUUACCGACUUCGAUAGCCCUCUAACGUUUGAGGGCUCCCUCUUCCACCAGGGCACCUCUUCAUCCACCGGAGAGAUGCAACUCGAAUAUCCUCUCAACAACACCGUAGGGGGUUCAAGACGAUGGGAGCGAAUCUACCAAAAUGAGUUUGAUCUAAUCGUUAAGGGUGUGGUCAAAUAUACUCUCCCAAUGAGCGCCCGCAUUCGCAGCGCGACGGUAUCAGCCAGGAAGGCCGUCAGCCCAAAUUCUUCAAACGACCCUUCAAACAGUACGAGGACCGAUCCCUCCAACUAG